AUGGGAGGAGGGGACUUGAAUUCUAAAAAAGCUUGGCACCCAAGUACCUUAAAAAAUCAAGAACGAGUAUGGAAGGCAGAGCAAGCAGCAGCCGAAGAGAACAAACGCAUUCUUGAAUUGCAACGAGAACGUGCGGAGGAAAGGGAUAGGGAAGAGCUAAAUAAAAUAGUUAAACGCACUUCAGGUAGUGCUGGUUCGUCUAAUGAGAAUCGUCUACAUUGGAUGUAUGAUAAACCUGACAAAAAAGUACAACAAGAAGACUUUCUGUUGGGUAAAUCUAUUGACUCAAAUCAUGAUCAAACGGACAAAGGACAUCUAGAUAUACCAGCUGUAGCUCGUAGAGUUGUUGGUUCUAGCAUGAUAGCCACAUCAGGAGACACACAAGUUGACUUAGCUCGUAAACUUCGAGAGGAUCCAUUAUUGUUAAUCAAGGAGAGGGAAAGAGCAGCAAGGGCUGCUCUUCUGAAUAAUCCUUUACAACGUAAACGACUUACAGAAUUGUUAAGAAAGGAACAAGAAGAGUCUAAGGAAAGCAAAGAGAAAUAUAAAUUAAAAAGUAAAAGCAAAGACCUGGAUAAUAUUUUAGCAGCCAAAUUAAAUGCAUUAGGAGCGAAAAAAGGUGUAGAUUUAACAGCUUUACUUGCAUCUGAUGAUUCUACUUCAGAUUCCUCGUCUGAUGAAAUUAAACAUAAAAAGAGAAAGAAAGACAAGAAAAAGAAGAAAAAGAAGAAGAAAAACAAAAAUAAUGACAAAAGUAGGCCACGUGUUGAUUCUGAAGACUCUGAAAAGAACCCAAAGGAUACUAAUAAGGGGUCCAAAAAGUUAAAAAAUGACGAUAAAGAUAGUAAAAGAAAUUCAACACAGCAUAAAAGAAAAAAAACAGUAUCCGAAAAUGAAAGUGAUCAUGCUGAGAUGGAUACAAAAAAACAACGAAAAGACAGCACAAUUAAAGAAAAAAGAUAUUAUGACAAAUACCACCAUGACUCAAGUGAAGAGGAUCAUAGAAAUUCACGACGGAAUUCAUCAAUUCGUGAACGAGGCGAGAAACGAUAUAUAAAUAGAAAAGAACUUACAAGUAAAACACGUGUAGGGAUGAGUGAAGAGGAGAAGGCUGCUAAAUUAGCGGAAAUGGCGGCUGCUGGAGCAGAACGGGAGGUACAGCGUGGCCGCCGCGUAGCGGAACAGUUGGCAGAAAAAGAGGCUUCUGAAAAGAGUUCUAAUGUGGCGAGGCAUUCUAGACGUAAGGAAGUAUGUUCAUUGCCAGACUCCCUUGAGAGUCGGAUACAUUCGAACCGGCACUAUAUUCAGCGUGAUAGACGCCAUAUGAAUGAACAUUUUGCUAGGCGAUAG